AUGGGAUUCGUCGACCAAGUCAUCGAUUAUGAAAAGCCACUUGCCCUCAAACUCGAUCAAUAUGCAUCAGAUAAUCUGGAUACAUACGUAUUCAUAGCUCGAACAACCACCAAUCAAAUCAUAAUCCAAAUUCGAGAUGAGAACGAUAUCAUUCGCACGGAAGGUUAUUUCACCGAGACAAAAGCUCUCUUAGAUGACAUAGCGAGAUCUCAAGAGGAGAUUAUUCAAGCUACAAAGGAUGCCGGAUACGAAAAUCACGGAUCCACUUUAGUGGAACUCAGAUCAUAUAGGUAUGAUGGGACGAAUUUCCCUAAAAAAACCACUCCUCCUUGGGGUGAUGGUACACCUCCUUGGGAAAAGACUGAAGAUGAAUCUAGAGCUGUAUGUUCGUCCACUACGUCUGGAUCACGAGCAUGA